UCAAAUGCAACAUUCUCUUUAGAAAAAAAUAAACCAUGUCAAUAAUAGAAGAAAAGCUCAAUUUUGUCCAAUAUGUUCAUACAAUUUCAGAGGCCGGUCGUCUUCUCCCUUCUGCCAGUCGUUGGAACUCCAUAGAAGUGGACUUCAAUUUCCUUCCAAAAUCUUCUUUGAAUGAAAAUUUUGAGUCAUUACCUUCAAGAUUUUCAAAAUCUGUUGAUUUUAACCUGAUUGUUAAAAAUAAAAUCCAUUUCAAACGCUUUGUUGUUGUAACAGCCGUCAUAAUCCUCAUUAUACCUGUUCUUAUUCUUCUCCUGCAUAUUUACCCUACAAAAAAUCAUCACCAUGUCUCUUCACACAAUCUCACUCUUGCUCUUAACAAAGCUCUUCUCUUCUUUGAUGCUCAGAAAUCGGGGCCUUUUGUGGAGAAUAGUUUGAUAAGAUUUCGAGGGAACUCAGGGAUGAAUGAUGGGAAUAGCAGUGAGAAGCAUCCGCAUCCAGACCUUGUUGGUGGUUUUUAUGAUGCAGGAAAUAAUAUAAAGUUUAGUUUCACUACAGCUUUUACUGUUACUCUCUUGAGCUGGACAGUGAUUGAAUAUCAUGAGAAAUAUGAUGGUAUUGGAGAGCUUGAUCAUGUUAAAGAUACUAUCAAAUGGGGUAGUCUAUAUUUGCUUAAACUCUUUGUACCUCCAACUAAUUCUUCUACUACUUCAGCCAGAAUCUACUCUCAGGUUGGAGGGAAUAAUUCAAACAAUGAGAAUGACCUAACUUGCUGGCAAAGGCCAGAGGACAUGAGUUAUCCAAGAUUUGUUUCGGUUUGUGACAUUGGUGCUGCCUCAGACUUAGCAGGAGAAAUGGUUGCGGCAAUGUCAGCUGCAUCAAUAGUGUUAAAAGAUGAUAAGGAUAUUUCAGAGAAAUUGGCGAAAGCAGCAGAGGAGUUGUUCAUUCUUGCAAGUAGAACAGAGAAUCAAGGAACAUACACGACGAAUGAUGAAUGUGGAGGACAAGCUAGGCAAUUUCAUAACUCAUCAAGUUACAAAGAUGAAUUGGUUUGGGGUGGAAUUUGGCUCUUUUUUGCAACAGGAAACAAAACUUACCUCAAGUAUUCAACAGAGAACUUUGCCUCAGCUGUAAAGGAACAGGUAUCUUCCGAUGAAGGUGUUUUCGAUUGGAACAACAAGAUCACUGCUAUAUCGAUUCUGCUAACAAGGAUUAGGUAUUUCCGGGAUCUUGGUUAUCCAUAUGAGUCUUCGUUCAUAUCAUCGACGAACAAGAUUGACUUGCUCAUGUGUUCAUUUACUUCUGAUCAAAAGUACAGCAAAACUGAAGGUGGACUAAUCCUUAUAAAGCCAAGUACCGGUGUAGCAUUACUCCAGUAUGCUGUGACAGCUUCCUUUCUCAGCAAAUUGUAUAGUGACUAUCUCCAGCUUUUGCAUACAACGCAUAGAAGCUGCUCUAAUUCUGUCUUUUCAUCGGAUAAUUUACUAGAAUUCUCCGAAUCACAGGUGAAUUACAUACUAGGAGAUAACCCUAUGAAGAUGAGUUAUGUGGUGGGAUAUGGUGAUACCUAUCCGGUUCAUGUUCACCAUCGAGCUGCAUCGAUCCCUUGGGAUGGGAAACGAUGUACAUGUACAGAAGGGAAUCAAUGGCUGUAUUCGAAAAGGGAAAAUCCAAAUACCAUUUUGGGAGCAAUGGUAGCAGGACCAAAUAAAGAUGACAUAUUUUCGGACGAGAGAACUCAACCAUGGUUCACAGAGCCAAGUAUAACAAGUAAUGCUGGUCUAGUAGCAGCACUGAUUGCACUGCAUGAUCCUCCCACUGGAUCUUCUGAUUUAAAUGGAGUUAAUUUAGGAAUAGACAAGAGUGGUAUGUUUGAAAAUGUAAAAGAAUUUUCUUAGAGUAAUUAGGUGAAAAGGGAAAAGAUCAUUACUGUGUACAAGUCAGUGACUACUUACCAUUUUCUUGACCUUGUUUAUUAGU